AUGAGCAAGCCAAAGACAGCAGUUCCAAGUCUCUCUCCAAGUAAGGAGAUUAUGGAAUUGAAAUCACUAAAGCGCCAGCGAACUGUUGCGAAAAAUAGUAUAGUGCGCAUAAAAACGGGUCUCCUCGAUAAAACAAUGUCGUUAGAUCCAAUUGAAUUGGAGUGUCGACUGGACAUUUUGAACUCUCAUAGCGAUAAGCUUAUGAAGUGUCAGUCGAAAAUUGAAGAAAUCGACGAGGAAGACAUAGCCCGUGGGGAGUUAGAGGACCUAAUAGUGGAAACUAAGUCCGUUAUAAAAUCUAUUCUGGCGAGAAAUAAAUCGUCAAUAGCCGAAACAUCAUUUGUUGCACCUCACAGCUCGCGACUACCGAAAAUGUCGCUACCGAAAUUUAAAGGGGAAUAUUCAGAAUUUAAAAAUUUUAUGAGUCUGUUCGAGAGUUUGGUGCACAACGAUCCUACAAUCCCAGAAAUUGAGAAAUUUAAUCACUUGGUUAACUGUCUGUCAGGUGAAGCUUUGGGAACGGUAAAGGCCUUCCAAAUGUCGGACGAAAAUUAUUCGAAGGCGUUGGCUAGUCUCAAAAAAGUUUAUGACAAUAAAUGCUUAAUAUUUUUCGACACAAUUUCCAAACUUUUUGAACUGCCAACCAUCCCAAAGCCAUCUGCGCUUUCAUUGCGCACAAUGAUUGAUACAGUGUCGGCUGUUUACGACUCGUUGCUGUCGUUAGGUGACGAGAAAAACAUCACAAACGCUAUCAUAAUUCAUCUGGUAAUGUCAAAAGUUGACACCGUUACUCGGUCAAAGUGGGAGGAACAGUUGGAUUAUGAUAAGCUGCCAUUAUGGCGUAAGUGUGAGGCAGCAUUAAAUAAACGCUACCAACAUUUAUCUGCCGAUGAAGCCUCAACGUCGAGGCUCAAGCCGUCAAGCAGUCACAGCAUUCAGAAACCCCACCUUCAUGCGGGAAGGACGAAAGCUGCCUUAGUGACUUCAAAUAUAAAACAGCCGGUGUGUCCGCACUGUAAAUCAAAUGAUCAUAGUAUACCCGCGUGUCCUACUUUUAAAACUCUCUCUGCUCAGCAGCGAUUUGAGUUUGCUAAAUCAGUCCCCUUAUGCAUAAAUUGUUUGCGCAAGGGGCACUCAGUUUCAAAGUGCAAAGCGGAUCGGUGUCGUGUUUGCAACCGUUCGCAUCACACAUUGCUGCACCAGUACCCUGUAUCCUUUGCAACUGCACCACAACUUUCGACCUCGCAUGCCAUGCACACGACGAGUACGCCAGAUCGGGUUAUGUUGGCUACAGCCGUAGUCAACGUAAAAGGUAGCUCCGGAGAGUACCUUGCUGCACGAGCCUUGCUGGAUUCUGGAUCUCAGGUGAAUUUCAUGACAGAGGAUUUGGCGCAGAAAUUACGAAUUCGUCGCGAAAGUACGACCUUAAAUAUUAUCGGCAUCGGAAAUGCAACCAAAAAAGUAAGGACGAAAUUAAAUACGUUUGUAAAAUCGCGGGUCAAUAAUUAUGAGUUUUCGGCACAGUUUUGGAUAAUGCGAUCCAUUUCAGCCAGCCAUCCAGAUCGUAACGUAAAUAUUAAUGGCUGGAAAAUUCCUAAAAACAUUAGCUUAGCGGACCCAGAAUUUUAUAAGGCUCAAAAGGUAGAUCUUUUGUUAGGUGCUGAAACAUUUUUCGAGCUUUUAGCUGUAGGCCAGAUCAAGGCCAGCCCCAAUCACCCAACAUUGCAAAAGACACUUUUAGGCUGGGUUGUGUCUGGCAAAUACGCCUCCAACCAACGUCCUCCUCCCACAGUCAGUAGCACAUUAUGCCAUACUGAACAAGAUCUAGCAAAUAUAGAUUCCAUUGUCCAAAGGUUCUGGGCGAUGGAAGAAAUACCUUCAGGGGCUAGUUCGACAAAAUUCACACCUGAACAAAUAGUGUGA